CAGAAAGCUGAACUUCCGUUGCUUGGUAAUCUAUAUCAGCAGGUGGAGGAAGGAUAUCCAACAAUAGGUUAUUAAUGUGUAGAAGUGUUGUCUGUGUGGCAGUGCUUUAAUAUACCUAAUAUACAAGCUCUGAUACAUUAACUUGUAUGUAAAUCAUGGUUGACACACAAACGUUCUCACGCUCAGAAUUAAUUGGUUUGAUAAUUAGACUUGCACUUCUGAGUGGUGUCACGUUUUUUAGCGUGAGGUGGAUGAUUACUCAGUUAGAUCCUACCCACAAGCAAAAAAAGGCAGCUAAAAGGAAGGCAGAUGAGAAGUUAAGACGGCUUGGAAUUGGUUCUAAGAAUUAUAAUGUAGAGUUAACAGAAUAUGAGAUGAUGAUCGCUGGCCAUUUGGUAGAUCCAACUGCAAUACCUGUAUCAUGGGCAGAUAUUGCUGGCCUCGAAGAUGUUAUUGAGGAGUUGAGGGAGACGGUUAUCUUACCAAUUCAGAAGAAGGAAUUAUUUGCUGAUUCACAACUCACCCAGCCACCGAAGGGUGUUCUACUGCAUGGACCUCCAGGUUGUGGGAAAACUAUGAUAGCCAAAGCGACAGCUAGCGAAGCACGUACACGAUUUAUUAACCUAGAUGUAUCCAUCCUCACUGACAAAUGGUACGGAGAAAGUCAAAAAUUGGCAGCUGCUGUUUUCACACUUGCCGUGAAGUUGCAGCCAUGCAUUAUCUUUAUUGAUGAGAUAGAUUCGUUCUUGAGAAAUCGGAACUCACAUGAUCAUGAGGCAACAGCCAUGAUGAAGGCACAGUUUAUGUCAUUGUGGGAUGGCCUUAUCACUGAUCCUAACUGUACAGUCAUUGUGAUGGGAGCUACAAACAGACCUCAGGACCUUGACAGAGCAAUUCUUCGGAGGAUGCCAGCUACUUUUCACGUAGGUUUGCCGAAUGUGACACAAAGACGACAGAUUCUGCGUCUUAUCCUUGAAAAUGAGCCUACUGCUGAAGAUGUGGACCUUCACAGGAUAGCAAAAAUGGCAGAAAAUUUUUCUGGAUCAGAUCUCAGGGAAAUGUGCCGCAAUGCAUCAGUGUAUAGGGUUCGAGAUUACAUGAAAGUUGAGUCUGGUGUAAGAGGUGGUGCUGGAACAAGUAAGUCAUCAGCAGUAACUGUAAUAGAUGAGUCAGAAGAAUUCCAUGAUGCAUUGCGACCAAUCACAAUGGACGAUCUUAUUAUGUCUCUGAACAAAAUGAAGGAAUCAAAAUUAUACACAGGGGGUUUGCAUUUACCCAAAUUAGACAUGGAUUAGGCAAGAGUUUUUAAGAAAAAGUUGUCAUAGACGUUGCCAUCAUGAAAACAGUAUUAGGAGAUUCUUUAGAAAAAGGAUGUGAUGUGCUUACUUGAUUGAAAGAUGCAGCUAUAUUUUUCAUGACAAAAGUUAGAAAACAGUCUUGACCCCAAAUUAUAUUCACUGUUUGUAACAUUUUCCUCUUUGAAGAAUGUAAUUUCUGAUUUUGGUUACUAGUCUUAGGUUGAUUGUUCUGUACAACUGUAUGUGAGUAUUUGUAAUACUGUAUUUACCCUCACAAAUUUCCCAUUUCAUAAUUAUUUCCUCUUCCCUACUUUAGGGGGAAAGUAAACAUUUGUUUUACAGCACACUUUUUGUGGCUUUAUAUUCCCGACACAUAGAUGAAAACAGUCUCAUUCAUAA